CAUAAGAGUGAAGACACAAAGAGAAAGGCUGGAGAGACGCUGGAGGCAGCUGCAACACCGCCAGCUCCAACCUGUUUCCACAGAGAAAGAGCGCACUCCAAGAGCGACAACUUCGACUUCCACAAAAACUUCUGCUAUAUAACCAAUUGAAAACAGAGGGGAAAAACUGAAGACAUUUGUAUUUUUUACUUAAUACAUGAGCGUUUACUGUUUUUCCUUUAAUCUAAGAUUUUCCGUCGUUCAGCGAUGCGCUUCUGGCUCGGAUUUACGCACGGCGAUAAAGGGCGAUUCUGCACACUUGAAAGAAUUAUGUAAGUCUGUAGGUUGUCCCAUCAUCUCAGUCAGCAGUAUUAUCAUCAGCCACAGCCAUGAAAUCUGUGCUUGAUGGGGUGGCAGACACCACCUUCCGGACUAUUACAUCUGGGUUGCAGUAUCUGGGCUCCAACGAUGCCAACUACAAUGACCCCAUCAAUGAUUUGAACUUAAAGGGCGGCUUGUCCAUGCAGAAGCCCUUAUCUGCUUUCCGCAGCGACUCCUUCCCAAACAAGGUACCUCCAGAUGAAGAGCUUAUCCUCAAGGGCAUCCCCUUCUUCCCCACCAAUGCCACAGACUUGUUUGGCAACAGGAGCACAUUUAGAGAUGAGACUAAUACCAUACAAUGCGGCGAGAACUUUAUGGACAUGGAGUGUUUCAUGAUCCUGACUCCCAGCCAGCAGCUGGCUGUGGCUGUGAUGUCCCUUACUCUGGGUACCUUCACUGUGCUGGAGAACCUGGUCGUGCUCUGCGUCAUACUGCAGUCCCGCACCCUCCGGUGCCGUCCGUCCUACCACUUCAUCGGAAGCCUCGCAGUGGCUGACCUCCUGGGCAGCGUCAUCUUUGUCUACAGCUUUUUGGACUUCCAUGUUUUCCACAGGAAGGACAGCCCCAACGUGUUUCUCUUCAAGCUGGGUGGAGUCACUGCGUCGUUCACGGCGUCAGUCGGGAGCCUCUUCCUCACUGCUAUCGACCGCUACAUCUCCAUACACCGGCCUCUUGCCUACAGGCGCAUUGUGACGCGGAACAAGGCUGUGGUAGCCUUUAGUGUGAUGUGGACGCUCUCGAUCAUCAUCGCAGUUCUACCUCUGCUCGGCUGGAACUGUAAACGUCUCAACUCAGUCUGCUCAGACAUAUUCCCCCUGAUUGACGAGAACUACCUGAUGUUCUGGAUCUUCCUGACCAGUGUCUUGGUUAUUUUCAUAAUCUACGCCUACAUAUACAUCCUCUGGAAGGCGCACCACCACGCUGUGCGCAUGCUGAGCCGUGCCUCCCAGAAGAGUCUUGUUGUCUACUCAGCAGACGGGACUAAAGUGCAAACCACGCGCCCUGACCAGGCACGCAUGGACAUCCGCUUAGCCAAGACCCUGGUGCUCAUUCUGGUGGUGCUCGUUAUCUGCUGGGGCCCGUUGCUCGCCAUCAUGGUGUACGACCUCUUCUGGAAGAUGGACGAUGACAUCAAGACGGUGUUUGCGUUCUGCAGCAUGCUCUGUUUGCUCAACUCUACCGUCAACCCAAUCAUCUACGCCUUGAGGAGCAAGGACCUGCGGCGUGCCUUCAUGACUUCCUGCAGCAUCUGCCGGAGCAGUGCCCAGCAACUGGACAAUAGCCUCGAGUCGGACUGCCAUAACAGAAAUGCCACCAUCUCUGCCAACAGGGCUGCGGAGAGUUGCGUGAAGACCACUGUGAAAAUAGCCAAAGUAACAAUGUCUGUGUCGACGGAAACCUCUGCAGAAGCUGUCUGAUGAGCCGUCAAAGGGGCUGGGUGGGGGUGGGGGGUGUAAAUGUCAUCCUCCCUAAACGACCCCAUUUCACACGAAAAAGGCAAAGGUUGUGUGUUCCAGAAAAGUUCACUCCCGAAAGUUGUCGAUUCUCAUCCUCUCACAGACGCUUUAGAGGCUCCAUACUUUUAUGUUGGUGUAUGAGUACAUAGUGUGCCAAAGUGCCAAACGGUAUCGCAAGAUCAUAGAAGGGACUCGCAAUUUGGGAAGGACUCGGAAAGACUAUCAUAAGUCUGCUGUUUACCAUAGACUUCAUGAUAUCCAGUCAGCAAAGGCAUAUUAUAUUUUUGUACUGUGAAUUCAGGUUUUGAAAAACUCUAUCUUCAUUUAUGGGAUAAGGGGCUACUGAAAUUUCCAAGUAGAGAAGUUUUACAGCGUCAUGUAGAACUCGAUAUGUAUCUCGAACCAUAUGUACAACAAUUCAUUGCGCCUUCACUUCCUAUAGGCUUCAUGUUACAUAAAGGCAUUUUUGAAACUGAGUUUAAAAAAAAUGACUUUAGUUAACUCAGAUUGUUAUAUUCCAGAAGUGAGUGAUUUCUGACAUCGCUCAGCGAAUGACCAAUGUGUGGCGAGAUGUUUUUGAGAAGUGACAGGUCAGGGAGAGUGAUUAAACCCUGAAAAAAAAAAAAAAAAAACUCGGACUAAUAAGUGUGAAACAGAUUUACGAAAUCUCGUUUUUCAGUGGUAAAGUGAUUUCUUUAACAGCUGCCUGCUCUUGCAGGGUAAAAGUGUCUUUCUUCAGUUAUGUACCUAACAACUGUACAGUGUUUAAUUGCAAAUGAAGUGUUCCAAUUCAGCUAUACAGCCAAGUUAACUCAAACGCCAAGCUUUUCUCUUUUGUUUAAAGCCUGAAAGAUAAAAAGAAAAACAGAACAAAGAAACAGUGUGCGGGUCACUACUGUUGGAAACUAAAAGGGUUUUUGGAUUAUAUAGCUGCUUUUGUCAAAUGUUUAAUUUUAUUGGAUUCUGCCUUGUACGUAUGUGUGGUACCUUGUGACUUAGUGACAUUUUUCCAACCCCGAAGCCUUUUGAUCAUUGCAGUGAGUUUUUCUUAGUGCUACUGUUGCAGAAAACAAAAGAAACCAAUACACAGGGCUGGUGAAGUGGUUUUGGCGUUACUGAGUAACAUAAAAAUAUCUGCUGUUCAAUUUGUACUUCUCAAAACAAAGAAACAACGGUCAGUAGCUUGUGACUUAAAUGGAAGUUUGUGUGUAAGAAUUAUGUGAAGAUUAAAACUGACCUUAAAUAAGACAACAUAGCAAAGAUGUGAUUUUUUUUUCCUGAUAGGUGACGUAGAAUUUUUAAUCUAGGAAUCUCACAGCACAACUGUUCUGUAAACAUUUAUCCCGUUGUGAAGUUUUCCAGACAGCUGUUUAUCAGUACGCUUCUGCUGGCUCUUGUAAUUUUAAAUAUUAAAGAUCAAAAUGUCAAAUUGUCACGUGGCUUCUGUACAUUGGUGGCAUAAUGAGGAACCUAUGACUUCAAAAUCGCAGUCGAUCAAGUGUUUCUGGUAUUGCUGUGUUAAAACUUUUGAAUAAAGUCGCAGCUGGUGUCAUGUUG